GACCUGAAAUAUGACAAAAUAGCACAACCCGGCGUAAAAUAGGCCAAAAACACACGACUAUGCCCCUCAAACGGAUAAGAACUAGGAGCGCAAAUAUGUGCAAUUACAUCGUUAUCACGGGCCCGAGCACGGGAGGAGGCGCGACGACUGGGCCACCCACAGCGUCAAUUCGAGCAGGGCCGAGGGCACCGCCCAAGGGAUUUACUCGGAUGUCCCCUGCAGAGAUCGAGCAUAAGAGGCGGGAAGGGAAGUGCUUUAAUUGUGACGAGAGGUUCACUUUUGGCCACAAGUGCGGGAAGCCUGAUCUAAUGUUCCUGGUGGGUCGCUGGGAAGAUGAGGGCGAAGAGGAAGCCGCCGAGGGUCACAUGCUGGCGCAGGAAGAUCUUCAACCUUGAGGACAAGGUUGUUCUCAAGGAGGUGGGGAUGUUAGAAACAUAAUUAUUUGUUAUUUUGUCGGUUUCAGAUUAUUUAUCAUUGUUUUGCGAAUUAGUACUAUUUGGGGAAUUUGGGAAAUACGAAUUAGUGAGGUAGUAGAAAGUAAUUAGAAGGAAUAUAUAUUCUGUAAUACG